CUUCAGAACUGGUUCAAGAAAGACAAAAAAAAGAGAGAGAGAAAAAAAGCAUAUAAGGAAGUUGGCUUACGGACAUUUAAACACUUUCCAUCAUACUCUCAGGAAAGUUAGGUUUAGUUGGGCUACAUGUAGUUAAAAGUGUAUCACUCUUAUUGAAACAUAACUUUUGUUAUUUUACAGUUUCACUUCAUGGUGCAAUUAUUUGCAUAAACUGGUGAUGUUCGUUUCCCAGCCGGCAGUGAAGGUAUUAACUAGCUGUGUGCCUGCUCAUUUCACUAGCACGCACACAUCCAUCUAAAGCAGCCGAAAGAGAGGUGUUCUCCACUGCUGAAUAAUACAGACCAGGUGUUUCCUGUACAUUUUGCAUAUUUGGCCCUGAUAUUAAAGAAGAUGAAGAGAAGAGACACGCCCCAAUUCAAGCAGAAGUCAACUCACAACUUGGGGAAAAUAGAGAUGCCGCGUCAGUUCCCCAAGGUCUUGCUGAGCGAGGUGGAUGAGUCAGUGCGUCUGCUGGCAGAGAAGGUGUAUGCCUCGGCGCUGAAGGAGGAGGACACCAAGGAUUCCCUGUCCAUGUACACGGUGUCCGAGGACUGUCCCAUCGGCAUGAACCAGGUCCGGGAGCGAGAGAUGCUCAAGGAGAUCGCUGAGCAGUACUCUGAAGAGAGCACUAAAAGGAAGAAGAGUUUCAAAAUUAAGCGUUCCCAGUCGUUAUCUCAGCAGUUCCCCAGUUCCCUCAACAUCUGUCCAGAGUGGGCUUUGUCUGUGGUCGCCCCUCUGUUCACCCCUGGCGCCCACUCCCUAGAGUUCCAGAGGGUCACCAUUAGUGGAGACUAUUGUGCAGGGAUCACAGUGGAGGACUAUGAGCAGGCAGCCAAGACCCUGAUUAAAGCCCUGUUUAUCAGGGAGAAGUACUCCAGGCUGGCCUACCACCGCUUUCCCAGGACCACCGCCCAGUUCCUCCGCAGCGCUGAGAACCAGAAGUGGAACGUGGAGGAUGAGAUCUUGCCAGACAUGUGCCCCUGCCCUCAAGAGGGGGAGGAUCCAUACACUACGGAGGGCAUCCCUGAUGAUCUGAACUACGCAUUGCAGAUGAAGGACGGCAUUGUUUAUGUGUACAAUGACGCAGAGGCCCUGAAGCAGCAGCAGCCCCGCAGCCUGCCCUACCCUGACCUGGAGACCUUCGCCAUUGACCUCAGCCAUGUCCUCGCCAUGAUCGCCGACGGGCCCACGAAAACCUACUGCCACAGACGACUGAACUUCAUGGCCUCCAAGUUCUAUCUGCAUGAGAUGCUGAAUGAGAUGGCUGAGUUGAAGGAGCUGAAACGUGUUCCUCACAGAGACUUCUAUAACGUCAGGAAGGUAGACACUCACAUCCACGCAGCUGCUUGCAUGAACCAAAAGCACCUGCUGAAGUUCAUCCAGACCACCUACAAGACCGAGGCGGACCGAGUGGUGCUGGAGAAGGGGGGCCAAAAGCUCACCUUGAAACAGGUGUUUGACACCCUGGCUAUGGACCCCUAUGACCUCACUGUGGACUCCCUGGACGUUCACGCUGGAAGGCAAACAUUCCACCGCUUUGACAAGUUCAACUCCAAGUACAACCCAGUGGGAGCCAGCGAACUCCGAGAGAUUUACCUGAAAACAGACAACUACAUCAAAGGGGAAUACUUUGCUCGCAUCAUCAAGGAAGUGGCCCAUGAGUUGGAGGAGAGUAAGUACCAGCACGCAGAACCCCGUAUGUCCAUCUACGGCCGCUCCCCUGUCGAGUGGGAGAGCCUGGCCUCAUGGUUCAUCCAGCACAAGGUGCACUCCCCCAACAUGCGCUGGGUCAUCCAGGUGCCCAGGAUCUAUGACAUUUUCAAAUCGAAGAACAUAAUACCGAACUACUCCAAGCUGCUGGAAAAUAUUUUCCUCCCACUGUUCAAGGCUACAGUCAAUCCACAAAAGAACAAGGAGAUGCACGUUUUCUUGAAAUAUGUAACUGGGUUCGACAGUGUGGAUGAUGAGUCCAAGCACAGCGACCACAUGUUCUCUUACAAGAGCCCCAAACCUGAGGAGUGGACCUCAGGCGAAAACCCACCCUACAGUUACUACCUCUUCUACAUGUACGCCAACAUCAUGGUGCUCAACAACCUGAGGAAGGAACGAGGCCUCAAUACCUUCCAGUUCCGGCCCCACUGUGGCGAGGCCGGGUCCAUCACCCACCUGGUCUCUGCCUUCCUCACGGCAGACAACAUCUCCCACGGCCUCAACCUAAAGAAGAGUCCUGUGCUGCAGUACCUGUACUACCUGGCCCAGGUCCCCAUCGCCAUGUCUCCUCUGAGCAACAACAGCCUGUUCCUGGAGUACUCCAAGAACCCUCUCAAGGAGUUCCUCCAGAAAGGCCUGUGUGUGUCCCUGUCCACCGACGACCCCAUGCAGUUCCACUACACCAAGGAGGCCUUGAUGGAGGAGUAUGCCAUUGCAGCCCAGCUGUGGAAGCUAAGUACCUGUGACACGUGUGAGAUCGCCAGGAACAGUGUGCUGCAGAGUGGUCUGUCUCAUCAGGAAAAGAUGCACUUCCUGGGGACCAACUACCUGCAGGACGGGCCGGAGGGAAAUGACAUCAGACGGACCAACGUGGCUCAGAUCCGCAUGGCCUACCGGCACGAGACUCUGUGCAAUGAGCUCAGCUUCCUGGUGGAGGCCGUAAAGACCGAGGCCAGCGGAACCCAGGUAGAGUGACCACAGCAGAGAGACCCUUUUCACACUACCAAGCUGAGCCAGGCUUAACCAAGCUGAGCCGUACAGUGCUUGCCUGGUCAGUGGUUACACAUUCACUGCACAGUAGUUGCUAGAACCAUGCUGGAAAGGUCAAUGUGAAAAGAUAGUAUCUGAGACAGCACUGUAUGGUUUGGGUCAGGAGAUAAUGUGACCUUUAGUCUCUCUCUAUUUCAGCUCUAGUCCACAGCCAAAUACUGUACUGGGUCAUUCCAUGAAAUUAGUGCCUUUUGCAUCCCUUUGUUAUUUUAUGUAGAAAUUGUGCACCAAUAUUGAAUUUUAAAGCCUUUUAUAUUAAAUAGUGACUUUUAAUAUAGUCCACAUGGAGAAUUCAAUCAGAUUUUUUACUUGAACGAAGACUUGCUAAAGUGAGAAAACUCAGCAUUUUGACAUGUCCCAACAUGCACCUUCUGUGACUUCCCGGAAGAUUCAAACCAUUUAACCCUUAAAUGUCUCAAGUUUUCACCAUCAUGGUAAAUCCCUAGCUAUUUUGUAGCUUUUGACAAAGUCAUUUCUAAAAAUGAUUAUAAAUUUAAUCUGAUUAGUGAUUUAUUUACAUCAGUCCGUCAUUUGAACGUCAACCAUGUUACGUGAACUGAAAUUCUGUUUUAAUAUAUUGAAACCAUUCCUUUAUAGUUUUUUCAAAAGAAACAUUGAAAAUCUAAUAGUCAAAUCAUAGUGUAAAAGCAGGUGAGCUGGUUCUACUCUUCUUGGCCAUUUGCUGGUGUUUAGUGGCAGACAACUGAGAAGGUUGAGCAUUACAGGUCAACCCUGUUACCCAUAGAUAUACAGAUAGAAGCUUGCAUUCAAUUGCCCCUCCCUGUUGCACACAAGCUUCUAUUCCCAUUCUCACAUGGGGAUUUAUGACUGGUUUAAGAUGAAAUCGUCAACCAUGUCACUUUAUUUGGCACUUAAUAGGCUCUAGUAAAAAAAAAAAUACCUUGAGAUGGGAAAAUGUGUUUUUAAUAUUAAGAUGAAUGUGUGCUCUUUGUGACAAUGUAAAAUUAGGAGAACAGACAUUUUUUUUUAGAGCAAGUUUACACCUCUCAAAAGGCACCGAAUUGGUGGAAAGAUCCAACUGUUACUGGGCUAUGGUAAUACUGAGAGAAUAAGGCACCAUGCUAUAUGAAUAAGACCGUACUGUGUAAGCUACACCACAUCAAGCCAAGCUAACAGCACCAUACUAGGCAAAUCACAGAACCCAUGUCCUCUGUUGACUCAUUUGCAUGCAGUUUUUUUUUUCAUCUUUGAGAAAGCAGAACUUACUCGCUACCUAAUUUUCUCAUGUUCAACUAGAAAACCAGUUUUGCAUUUGAACAUGAGAGCCAGAGGGACACUGCCUGUACACUGCCUGUACACUGCCUGUACACUGCCACUCCCAGGUCCUGUUUAAAAAAAAAUACUACCAACUGUGCCAAUACAAGAGUUCUCACGCCAGAAUGAAAGCCAAUCCGAGAGCAUAGCCAUUUGUUUUAUGUUCUUGUCUUUCUAUUUGAAUUACAGUACAUAAUGGUAGAAGGGAUAUUAUUGUGUUCUAUCAGGUGAAGGGGCUCACAUUUAAAGAAGUUACUAAGUUCGUAGCUGGGUAUGAGAGCGAGUGGUGUUUUCUAUUAUACAACUUUGGUAAGAGGUUAUCUACAGAGCACUUUCUAUAAUGUUGAAUGCUUCUCUCAUGUGGGCAUCAUAUCAUGGACAAAAAGCACUUGACAAAGGGUGAACUGUAAUCAUGUGGUGACUAUGACAAACUUUCAUCCUAGAAUUGGUUCAUUGUCUGAAUGCAGCAUAAAUGUCACUCAACUGUACGUGUAUGAUCGGGAAAUGUGUUUUUAUAUGACAAUAAAGAGAUACUUAGAA